GUGUGCUUUAAUGGGUUGCUUCUCCAAGCAAAAUCAUUUUCUCCAAACUCGAAUCCUCUGAUGCAUGUUUGCUUCUCCAAUCUUAAAUCCCAACUUCAUGCUCUUCACGAAUGCUAGUUUAGAGAUGCCCAGUUCUUAGUUUGGUUCCUGGAUCUUGAAUUGGACUCUAAAGUUCUCAACUUUUUUGGGACAAUGAAUUGGAUUCAUAAUUUGCAUUGAGAAACCAGUCAUUUUGAAUUUUGGGUGAUAGCUCUUUUAGUAUGAUGUACACAAUUGAUUUUCAAAAGUUGUGCGAAAUUGAUAGAAGGAAAUGGAUUUUGGUGUUGAGUUUAGUGGCAAUUACUCAUUUAUUUUGUCAGACCUUGAUGCUUCCUUAUGGCGAUGCCCUUCUCUCUCUGUUGCCUGAUAACACUGAAAUUAUACACCAGAAGGUUAGCUUGUCGUUUAAAGAAUCUUCGUUGAAGUCUGUGAGCUUAGAUGAACCUGUUAGGGUUGAUGGUGCAAGGUUUGCUAACUUGUCUCUGUUGCCCACUGGUGUGGAAAACACGGAUGGUGGUGAUGAUUGGUAUAGAGUUAAGACACGGGUUGCAGGACAAAUUGUUGAUGACGGGGAGAAGAGUAGUUCUAUUGUGAAUGAAAAAUCCCUAGAUAAUGAUUUUGAUUUUGUUGAAGAUGCAACCCUGGAUAAUGAUAAUCCGUUUGAGGAAAUCGAGGCAGACGAGGAGUUGAAGGUGCGGAGUGGUAUAAACCAAGAACAUGGUUCUGUAAGACCACCAAGUGAGGAUGAAACCAUCGAGAAUAGUAAUGAAUUAUCAACGGUCUCUAGGGAUCCAUUGGUUUCUUCGAGAUCAAGCUUGAGCAACUCUGGUAUUUCUCCUCGUAACUCCUCUAAAUCCGGAGAACAAAAUCUUUCACUUCCCAACGGUAGGAACGUUGUUUUGUUGCAACCUAAUAUGUCUACUACAACAACGAAUCCGGGUAGGAAGAAGAUGAGAUGUGAAAUGCCACCAAAGUCGGUAAUGUAUAUCUCUCAGAUGGAACGCUUACUAGUCCGACAUCGUGCUCGUUCACGUGCAGCGAGACCAAGGUGGUCAUCUGAACGUGAUAAGGACAUUCUAGCAGCUAAGUUGCAGAUCGAGAAUGCUCCCCUUCUGAAGACUGAUCAAGAACUUUAUGCUCCCGUCUUCCGAAAUAUAUCCAUGUUCAAAAGGAGCUAUGAACUUAUGGAGAGCACACUCAAGAUAUACGUCUACAAGGAAGGUGCGAAACCCAUCUUUCACCAACCGAUCCUAAAAGGACUGUAUGCAUCGGAGGGGUGGUUCAUGAAAUUGAUGGAGAGGAAUAGGAAAUAUGUUGUGAAAGAUCCUCGAAAGGCUCACUUGUUUUACAUGCCUUUUAGUUCACGGAUGCUGGAGUAUACUUUGUAUGUACGUAAUUCCCACGAUCGAACCAAUCUCCGACAAUAUCUGAAGGAUUACUCAGAGAGGAUUGCUGCUAAAUACCGCUUCUGGAACAGAACUGGCGGGGCUGAUCAUUUUCUCGUAGCAUGCCAUGACUGGGCUCCUUAUGAAACGCGACACCACAUGGAGCAUUGCAUCAAGGCUCUCUGCAAUGCUGAUGUUACUGCAGGCUUCAAAAUCGGGAGGGACGUGUCCCUGCCAGAAACAUACAUUCGCUCCCAGCGAAAUCCUCUUCGAGAUCUCGGUGGGAAACCGCCAUCCCAGAGGCGUAUCCUCGCUUUCUAUGCUGGGAACAUGCACGGGUACUUACGACCAAUCCUGCUCGAGCAUUGGAAGGACAGGGACCCCGAGAUGAAGAUCUUCGGUCCAAUGCCACCCGGUGUUGCCAGCAAAAUGAGCUACAUUCAGCACAUGAAGAGCAGCAAGUUCUGCAUCUGCCCGAAGGGCUACGAAGUGAACAGCCCGAGGGUCGUCGAAGCCAUCUACUACGAGUGCGUGCCCGUCAUCGUGUCCGACAACUUUGUGCCCCCGUUUUUCGAUGUCCUGAACUGGGAUGCAUUCUCCAUAAUUGUUGCAGAGAAGGACAUACCAAACCUGAAAGACAUACUCCUCUCUGUGACAGAACAGAAGUAUCUCCAGAUGCAAGUUGCUGUGAGAAAGGUUCAGCAGCAUUUUCUUUGGCAUGUUAAGCCUCAAAAAUAUGAUCUUUUCCACAUGACCCUUCAUUCAAUUUGGUACAAUAGAGUCUUCCAAGUGAAAGCAAGGUGAUGAAGAAGAAAAUGGAUCCAAUACCAUCAACAGCCAGGAAGCUUUAUAUGGAAAAACAUCUCUUUUCUUCAAUCUGCAGUGUGUUAUUUGCUUGAUGUAAAAUUUUUUUUGCAGGUUUAUGCUGUAAAUAACUACUAUGCCCUGUUUGGUAAUAUAGUUUAUCAGCUAAUUUUGGCUUAUUUGAUCA